GUCUUGCAGACUUCUCCACCCAGGUGAACUCCUCGUCCCUCAACUCCCCCACGGGGCGUGGCUCCAUGGCUGCCCCCUCGCUGCACCCCUCCCUGGGGCCUGGCAUCGGCUCCUCGCUCGGCUCCCCAGGACAGCUGCACUCGCCUAUCAGCACCUUGAGCUCCCCCAUCAACGGCAUGGGCCCUCCCUUCUCGGUCAUCAGCUCCCCCAUGGGUCCCCAUUCCAUGUCCGUGCCCACCACACCCACCCUGGGCUUUGGCACCAGCAGCCCCCAGCUCAACUCGCCCAUGAACCCCGUCAGCAGCACCGAGGACAUCAAGCCCCCGCUGGGCAUCAAUGGCGUCCUCAAAGUCCCGGCCCACCCCUCAGGGAACAUGGCGUCCUUCACCAAGCACAUCUGUGCCAUCUGCGGGGACCGCUCCUCAGGCAAGCACUACGGCGUGUAUAGCUGUGAGGGCUGCAAGGGCUUUUUCAAACGGACGGUGCGCAAGGACCUGACCUACACCUGUCGGGACAACAAGGACUGCCUGAUCGACAAGCGGCAGCGGAACCGGUGCCAGUACUGCCGCUACCAGAAGUGCCUGGCCAUGGGCAUGAAGCGGGAAGCCGUGCAGGAGGAGCGGCAGCGGGGCAAGGACCGGAACGAGAACGAGGUGGAGUCCACGAGCAGCGCCAAUGAGGACAUGCCGGUGGAGAAGAUCCUGGAGGCCGAGCUGGCUGUCGAGCCCAAGACUGAGACGUACGUGGAGGCCAACAUGGGGCUGAACCCCAACUCGCCCAAUGACCCUGUCACCAACAUCUGCCAAGCGGCGGACAAGCAGCUCUUUACCCUGGUGGAGUGGGCCAAGCGGAUCCCGCACUUCUCCGAGCUGCCCCUGGACGACCAGGUCAUCCUGCUGAGGGCAGGCUGGAACGAGCUGCUCAUCGCCUCCUUCUCGCACCGGUCCAUAGCCGUGAAGGACGGGAUCCUGCUCGCCACCGGGCUGCACGUCCACCGGAACAGCGCCCACAGCGCGGGGGUGGGCGCCAUCUUCGACAGGGUCCUGACAGAGCUCGUGUCCAAGAUGCGGGACAUGCACAUGGACAAGACGGAGCUGGGCUGCCUGCGAGCCAUUGUCCUGUUCAACCCGGAUUCCAAGGGGCUCUCGAACCCAGCUGAGGUGGAGGCAUUGCGGGAGAAGGUCUACGCAUCCCUGGAGGCAUACUGCAAACACAAGUACCCAGAGCAGCCUGGGAGGUUUGCCAAGCUGCUGCUCCGCCUCCCAGCUCUGCGGUCCAUCGGCCUCAAGUGCCUGGAACAUCUCUUCUUCUUCAAGCUCAUCGGGGACACGCCCAUCGACACCUUCCUCAUGGAGAUGCUGGAAGCCCCCCAUCAAAUGACUUAGGCCCUCAGUCUGGCCACCCCAUCUGGCCUCCAGCUGCUCUCCUCGGCUGGGCCCCAUCCCUGCCCCUUCUCUGCCUGGCCUGUUUGGACUUUGGGGCGUAGGCUGUCACUGCUAAGCCUAAGAGAUGUGUUGCCACCCUCGUUA